AUGGUCCCUUUCGAGCGGUCCUCUGAAAGUGACGGCGACCACUUGGAGCACUUGGAUUACCCGACAUCAAUCGUCGACGGCAACCUCGAGAACUGCGCCUCCAAAGGCAUGCCCGACUGGCUCCUGCUAGCCGUGUGUCCUGGUGGCAUCCAUUGCCAGCUCAGGCGCCGCUCGGACUCGGUUGACGGCCACCCAAGUGCUUGGCUCGUGCCAAGCCGACCGGCAGGCGAUUCCCAGUCACUGCUAGGCUAA